AUGGGAUUAAAGUGUACCAAUUAUUUUGAUAAUUCAAAAUAUGAGUCUCCUGACUUAAAAAUCAUUACUUGUAAAGGUUGUUCAUCACAUCUUUGUCUUUCAAGUUUAAUUAUUUCUGAUAAUUUUAGUGGAUCUUCCGGUCCAGCUUAUUUGGUUGGUAAUUUAAUUAAUAUUGAAUAUGAUCAAAAUCCUCAAGAAAAGGAAAUGAGAACAGGAUUUUAUCUUGUAGAUGAUAUUAGAUGUCAUCAAUGUAAAUUAAAUCUUGGAUGGUAUUAUAAGAAAUCUUUUACUUAUCGUGAAACUUAUAAAGAAGGUAAAUUUGUUAUUGAAAAGUCAUUUAUUAAAUUUAUUGAUAAUAAUACUUCAAAUAAUCUUUUACUUGAAAAGGCUUUACAAAAUAAGUAUAAAAGAAGAUUUAGUUCAACUUCAAAUGCUUCAACUAUAAGUUCAGAUGAAUUGGAUUUUUCUUCAGCAAAUACAACUAAUCUGUCUUUAAUAUCAACAUCGGAAGUUGCAACCAUUAAUUCAUAUUCUGUACCUCCAUCUCAUCCAAUUAUUACCCUUCAUGAUCCAAGUUCAAAAUCAUAUCUUAUGAAUUCUUCACUACUGUCUAAACCUCAAUUAAUGUAUGAUACAUCAUCAAAUCCUCUGAAACAUAAUUUGAUGCUAAAUUCAGAUUCCUCAUCAUCAGGUAAACGUCAAUCCCUUGACAUUAGGAACUUUACAAGUGGCUUAUUCCUUAACGGUUUAAGAAUACCGGUCUCGUCUCCUGCUGCUGCCGCUGCUGCCGCUGCCGCUGCUGCUUCAGCUUCAAAUUCAAAUUCAAAUUCAAGACCAUCCACUAAUCAUCCAACUUUAGCAUCCAUUGCUGUUGCAGCCGCACAAGCAAAUGAAGGUCCAUCAAAUAAUACAUCUACUAAUAAUCAUCGAGCAUUAUCUAUCCUAUUUCAGGAAAAUCCAAGAUCUAAUCGGGAAGGUAAUGAUGAUGAUAAUGAUGUAUUUGUGGAUGCUUAA